CAAAUAGACAUAAUUAAUAUCGACACGUGAGAAACGUGAAAAUAUAUAACAUCAACUUAGGAUCUGGAAUACAUCGGUACUCAAUAGAAAAUAUAGUAUUUAAGACAAAUACCAUAACACGUGAAUGCUAAUAAAUGGCACUGUUAACAUGACCAAUUUGUGAAAUCCCAUAACAAGAUGGGAAUUGUGGCAAAACUAAUCUGGACCACUGUUUAGCCUUGUUUUGCUAAUCCCUCCAAAUUCAGUGACCUUACUGCAAAAUGGCCAUAGGGAUAAGCUUUUCCCCUUUCCUUCUCCUGUGCGGUUCCUGAUGAGGAUUACACCUGUAACCGCUCCACCACCUGCACAACGCGUUCGAAGGCAGAGCUGUCGUCGCACUCCCCCUCUCCUCCGUGCGUUCACCGGCUGGUCGCCGACGGGGACACGGCGGUCUUCCAGCGGUGGGACGGAUCCCACGAGCCGGCGCUGCUGCAUAGGCCCGCAGCCAUCUCCGGCAAUGGCGGAAUGGGUUCGGCGUUGGCGGCGCGAGCCACGCUGUCGGCGGAAGAGAGGAGAGAGGCGGAGCCCAGAGGUGGUGGUGGGGCCGAUCCUGUCAUGGCACGGGCGGGCGUCCAUGGCGCGGGCGGAUGCGGACACAGCCCGGCGCGGGCGGCCACGACUCGGUGUGGGCAGGCGCGAGCGCCCAUGGUGCGGGCGGACGCGGCCACUGUCCGACGCAAGCAGGCGCGAGCGCCCACAACGCGGACGGGUACGACCACGGCCUCGUGCCGCGCGUGGCUUGGGCGGCACGCACGGCGUGGGCGGCGACACCGACGGGAUCUUGCGCUGCUGCCCGUGCAGCGCGGCCGGCGAGCGGCAACACGAGAAGCCUGAGAGGUCAAUUCCACAUCUGGCUUCCCUGGAGCACAGCCAGGCGGGCAAGAUCUCGAGAACCACUCCUCCUCCGUAGGAACGAGCGAUCCAAGAUCUCGAGGACAAAAGACGGAUGCUCUCGCUGAGGACGGCUCCAACGUCACACCCAACCACCGAUGCAGAACUGCCGCUCGCUGGGUACCACGGACGCGAGACCCGCUCGUGGGGACGGCCUUACCGUGGCUAGCGACGGGGCCGACGGCAUCGCUGCAGAGGGCUGGCCAGGGGCGUGGCCUCGAGCGCCGCCGGUCUAUGCAGAUGCAAGACAAAGGCCACGACUUUUCUUCGGGACAUCGUCGCUUUGGUCUCUCCUCGUCUUGCGUCUUGUUGUGAGGCCGAUGGGAUCGCUCAUCCGGGAGCGUGCUGAUAAUGUAUUGAAUGGAAUCGAUAAACAAACAAGAGAGACAACAAAUGAUUCAACUGUCUCCUUUUCAUUGA